AUGGCUACGGAAACAUCCCUGACCCGCGAAUUCCCAUCUCUAUCACACCUAACACGAGAGGACCUCGAAGACCUGCUCGUGGACCCCGCCUAUUCCGAUGCCGUAUUUCAUGAACUUCCUCAAGUCAAGGAAUUACUGCAAGCCCAGGCGGAACUCGCAUCUGCCAAUGAGUCCAUAGCCAAGCAUAACCUUUCUCUGCAGGACGACCUGUUCAGGCUAAGAGGGGAAACACAAGCGACAUAUAAUGAUGCGAAGGCUUUGGAGGCAAGAUGGGCUGAACUGCAGCGCGAGCAGAAAGAGCUAUAUCAGCGGUACACGGCUCAAUUCCUGCUUCUCCGCUUGCGUCAUGCAACUACGGCUCAGGACGAUCUAUCCGAGGCUCUCGCUUCAUCGUUCGUUCGUCCGACAGCCGAUGGUUCCGCGACGCAGCUCGGAGGCAGGGAGGUUGAUGAUUUCGUGCGCGAGUUCCGUGACGCACGAAAAAUAUAUCAUAAACGGGUCAUGUGGGGAGACCGUUGGAAUGCAGGCGACGUUGCAUGGCGGGAGGAUUGA